UACACUUUGCCACCUAGAGAUACUAUUUCCUCCAUCAUUUUUUACAGUCAUGGUUCACUUAACUGUCCAUCUAGUACAAGAAGCAAAACUCGGAGGUCCAGUGCAUUAUCGGCAUAUGUAUCCUGUGGAGAGGGAAUUAGGUCAUUUUAAGUCCUUUGUACGGAAUAAGGCACGAUCAGAAGCUUCUAUAGCAGAGGGUUACUUAGCUGAAGAAACUCUUACUUUUUGUUCUCGGUAUAUGGAGGAUAUUGAGACAAGGUUCAAUAGACCGAGGCGUGUUUGUGAUGACCCAAAUGACAUUGAGCCUUCUGGAACGUCCUCUAUCUUCCCUCAAUUAGGUAAACCUGCAUCAGCUCCAGAAAAUCUCCUUUUAACUCAUAUGCAGAAACUACAUGCUCAUCGAUAUGUGCUUCUGAAUUGUGCAAUAGUCAUGCCAUUUGUGGAUGAAUUUAGACAGUAUAUAAAGAGGAGUUCAAAAGGAAGAAAACCUUCACCUACAGAUAUUGAAAAAAGAGUUAAUAAAGAGUUUGUUGAUUGGUUCAAGAAGCGGAUUAUGAAUCCGGACACAAUAGACACAAUUUUUGCUGAUCUAAUAUUUCUAGCACGAGGUCCAUCAGUAAAUGCAAGAAGAUUUACUGCAUAUAACAUCAAUGGGUUUAAAUUUCGAAUCUUGGCUCGAGAAGAAGGUCUGAAAACACAGAAUAGUGGAGUUUUUUUAACCUCUAACACAUCAUGUGUUGCAAGUAGUGUUGAUGGGAAUUUGAGGCAAGCUGACUUACCAUAUUAUGGGAAGUUAGAAGACAUAAUUGAGAUUAAUUAUUAUGGUCGGUUCAGGGUUGUUCUUUUCAAAUGUAAAUGGGCAGACCCUACUCGAGAUAGAGGGUAUAAAAAGGAUCGUUGGAAUUUUAAUUGUGUUAGUUUUGAUAGAUUGAUUCAUUCUGGUGAACGGGAAGAGCAUGAGCCUUACAUUGAAGCAUCUCAAGCACAAAUGGUGUUCUAUGUGGAUGAUGUGGUCAAUAAAGGGUGGAGUGUUGCUGUGCAUAUGAAACCAAGAGAUUUGUAUGAAAUGGGAGAAGAAGUAGUGGAAGAUGAAGUAUAUGAGAAUGAACCAUACCAAGAGCAAGAUCUUGAACAAUAUUUUGGCCAUGGUGAUGAGUAUAUACAACUGGCUACAGACCAUGUAAUUGGUGAGGCGAAUGUUGCUACUAACUUAAGAGUAGAUGCCAUGUCUGAAUAGAAAACUUAUUUAUAUGGUGCUUUAUCAGAAGAUUGAGUUGGCAGCAGCGACAACAAUGGGUGAUCAAGAAAGCAAAAGGGAAAUCCAAGAAUGCACUACUAAGAGUGUUAUAAGCUGAAAAAGUGCAUGCUAUAUGGAUUGAAAGGAACUCCAGAAUCUUCAAUAGAGUUGAGAGAAAUGAAGAGAGCAUAGGAGAAGUAGAUAGUAAUUAUGGUGCGCCACUAGCCAAUGGUUUCCAUGUUGGUUGAAGGUGAGGUAGGUAUUGAGAUGCGCAGCAUCUCUUAUUUUAUUCUUAACUUUGAUGAAAAUUAUUUUUUAUUAAAUUCUGACUUGCUCUUAAUGAUAAUGGUUUACCUUUGAGUACUCAGAGAACUGUUUAGAAUGAAUGUUAUAUUUAGGUUUCUGGAAAUUUUUGAUUUGUUUUUAUUUAUUUAUGAAUGGUGAUUAAUUCACUGUAGGCUAUGAUCUAUUGUUGGUGAUACAGAAAUUAGUGGCUAUUAUCUUAAGUGUGUGACAACCAAUUUUGGUAGGAAGGUCUAAUUAGUCUAAAAGCUCAAUAGGGAUUUAUCUUCUUGGUCGAGCUCGUCACACGAGGCUUGCCUAGUGUUGGUUAUCUCUCCUGUGUCAUUUGCGGGCUAUCACACAGGAGUGAGAUUUAUCCUGUGGGCACCUGAAGGAUAGCAGCUGCGGGUUCCCUUGUCAUUAAAAAAAAGUAUAAAAUCUCAAUCUAACACUUGUAUUGCAUUGUGAUGAAUGAUAAUACAAUCUGCUAGUCCUGGGGUUCUCCCUGGGUUGUAUAAGUUGGAUUUACUUUUGAUGUUAUUUCUUAAUUGUUUAAAGAUUGAAAUGGUCUAAGGUAUGACGACCCCGUCCUCCCCCCUCAACGACCGAACUCCUAAGCUUAAGUUUUUGCGCCGUUUGUUCAAAGAUUGUCAAAUUUCUGAUGAUUUACUUUAAACUCGACAUUGGAGAAUGUAUUAGAUUUAUCACAACAGUGGAUUGUGAUAAAUAGUUCUGCAAUACCCUAUUUAAGAAAAACAUUUAACUGAAACUCACCUGAAAUAGAAGUGGAAGUAUCAGUGGCUACAAUUGGUAUCUUUUCUUGGCACCACGACUUGUUAUGAUGCAAACGCUUAUUAGUUAAAGACAUUGCUAUUAGCGUACACUUAAUAAAUGGCUUCUAAUGUAGUGUUAUUCUUUUAUCCCUAAACGUGUGCCAUUAGUGACUAAAUUAUUUCCAUAAUGAGUUGUUUCUCUAUUCUAAUUCUUUAUGUAGUUUGAUAGACACAUGUCUAGACCUUCACUUUUGCCUUCUCUGCUAGCAGGAGCUACUAAUGUAAUUAUGUUGGUUCUUUUCUUCUGGCCAAGUUUUUGGUUAAUUUAACUUUUACUAUAUGGGUAAAUUUGUUGUUCUUUCUCUAUUGUCAUGUUAUUUAGGUAACUCGACUAGUUGGCUAACUUUGGUGUGCUGAAUAUCAUUAAUUUAUAGAAACAAUAGAACCACUGAUAUUGUAUCGCUAACUCAUUAACUGACCACUUUCUGCAUUUCUCCUUGUGUGAAUCUCUAGCCCGGAGUUGAAAAAAAAAUCUCUUGGCUGCAUAUGUAUUAUUGAUCUUUGAGGAAGCUUGUCUUACAAAAAUAUGAAGGAUCUAGCAGCAGUAAGUUCCUGGGUUCUGAAAGAUUUACCAUUUCCUUUUGUGGUUCUGUAGAAAUAUUUUUGUUUGAUUUCUCACAGGUUUUCUAAUUCUCAAAGGGGCUUUAUGAGAUGUCAUGAGUUACCUCCACUUCUACUGAUAUAUUGGGAAUAUUUUCUUUUGUGAUAGGAGAUGAACUACAUACUUUAUACAAUUGCAGUAUUAAGUCAUCUUUGAUUAAUUCAUGGUACUGCUACUAUCAAAAGAUUUUACUUAUGGUACUCCUCAAAUUUUACCAAUCUAUGGUGUUUCUGAUAAUUUAGUGGCUAUUUUAGUGAUCAGCUUAACCUAUUUCAAAUGACUCAAUUAUUUUGUUUCCUCACUUUUUUCGCGUGCAAUUUUUCCAUGAUAAAGAAAUAGCCUAAAGUAUCUAGUCCUUCAACUGUAUUGGUGGAGUUCAUUUAGAGCUAGAAUUAGUAUAUGGAUAUUUUUCAUAAAGUGACUAAUUUCACUUUUCCAGUAGUCUAUCUAUACUUCCUUAGAGUUCGGUAUAGUCCUUCUCUUAUGUUUUUGUGCAAAUUUUAUGUUCUUGGCAUAAGCACUAGUACCUGUUGAGAAAAGGGGAUCUAUUGACAGAGGUACAUAAGAUUGUUAUAUUGUGUUCUAUUGUUUUUUCUCCUCAAACACUCUACAGCACAAUGAAAAUUAAUCUGAAUAUAUGUUCCUCAUAUGCAACUCGUGCACGAUUAACGAUAGAUAAGAGAUUGUGCUAAUCAAAGCAUGGGAAGAAAGUGAGAUAUCAAAAGCUGAAAAUAAGUUUGUUCUGAAACUGCGCAUUCUUGUACAUGCUGAGGUGCUAGAACUGCUAGUAGAGUUGGUUGGUUUAACUUAGAAGGAAACUGAUUGAACAUUGAAUUUGACAUGCCUCAAAUGACGAUUUGUGGAUUACAGUGUUAUAAAUUACUUGUCUUCAAGCCAAUUUAUCAACUAUUUCUUGGAGUGAAAUUAUCAAUUGUAUGGUAGUUGUUUCACUUGGUUAUGUCAUUUGGACAGUCAAUCACUGAUGUUUUUCUGGGCUUUGCGAUUUAGUUCUUGAUGAUAAGGAUCAAGUGAAACUCGAUUUCAUUAAUAUAUGUGUAAAUGAUAUAAGGAAGUAUGAAUUGCCGAUAAGAUGAUCUUGGCAGUUUAUAUAGAUCAUUACCAUCAUUUUCCUAUUUAUAAUGUUGCAACUUUUGCACCACCAUGGAGCAUAAGUUGCAGAUUAUUAGUAAAUUUUUUGCUGAAUAUUGU